GUGAGUGAUCUGAGGAUAUGGGAGGAGUUGACGGCUCCUAAAAACACCCCGAGCACUGUUGCUCUCGCUGAAAUGUUACACGGACUCAGUACUGUGGGGAUAAAAACAAGUGCGUCUCCACUAUGGUUACUAGCGAGACUGUCACUUUAUUUACAGACAUGGGCAGAAGACUCGUUUAGGUUUGUCCUUCGUCACUACCGAUAUCUUUAACGCCCUGUUUGGGAUUUAUUUGGCAUAUUUGGAGACUUGUAGCGAUUGUCUAGAUGGAAGAAGAAGAGCCGCUACUGACUGGCAGCAUUAACCGGGACUCUGGUGAUUAUGGAUCUCAUGAUAAUGGUGAACAUUAUCAACACGAAGAAUCACCAGGAUCAAGACGACUGUCCUAUUCAGUGACUGACGAUUCUUACCCUGUGUACGAGGAUGCAGAUGCAGACCUCUAUAUCCAGCAGGCAGUUGUAUUUAUUGAAGAUGCAAUUCAGUAUCGAUCCAUCAAUCACAGGGUUGAUUCUGGGUCCUUACGGUUAUAUAGAUGGUAUUAUUCCAAAAUUUGCCAGUGGGGUCUGGGGUUCACUAUUGCUGUUGUACUGGGACUGGCUUUCAUUGAGACACCCUCCUCUUUGACCUACACCUCGGACAUUCGUUUCAAACCCAAGCCUUGGGAGCCACCCUGUGGACUGACGGAGGGGAUUGAGAUAGUCUGCCUUUGUAUCUUCAUCCUAGAUGUCACUGUGAAGGUAGAAAUCCAGAAAUAUUCAGUUGACUAUUGGGAUAGCAUUAAACAGAGUUAUCUGAUAGGAUGGGAGGAGUUUCGUAUGAACAAAUGGCUGAUUGGUUAUAUAGUAGUGAUUGCAGCAUCAGUUAUUGAUUGGAUGUUGAGUAUUAGCAUGAUGUGCAGUGAGAGUUUAAGAGUCAGGAGACUAAUUCGCCCAUUUUUCCUCUUGCAAAACUCUUCCCUUAUGAAGAAAACUCUAAAAUGUAUCAAAAGGACUCUUCCGGAAAUAGCAAGUGUUAUUCUGCUUCUGGCAUUACACAUCUGCUUAUUCACCAUGAUAGGAAUGCUGAUCUUUGCCAAAUCAGAUGACCCUAAGAAGAAUGGAGAAUGGGAAACCUACUUCAAAAACCUGCCAAAGGCCCUGUCUUCUCUGCUAGUGCUGCUAACGACAGCCAACAACCCUGAUGUCAUGAUUCCAGCAUACUCUCUGAACCGUGGCUAUUCUAUAUUUUUUAUACUCUUUAGUGUGUUUGGGACAUAUUUGUUAAUGAAUCUAAUGACGGCUAUUAUUUAUAACCAGUUCAGGGGAUAUUUACUGAUGUCAGUUCAGACGUCUAUAAUCAGGAGGCGUCUGGGUAUUCGGGCUGCUUUCGAGGUGCUGUGCUGUCCAGGCCGAGGGCACACCAGCACUCAAUCUGAAGGCCAUGUGGAGCGAGUGGCGGUGAACAUGUUUCUGCAGGUCAUGGAUAGAGUUCACAUGAAGUCUUACUGCAGGCAGGCUAUCAUUAAGGCUGCUCAGCAGUUCCCAGAUGGCUUCAUUAAUGGCGAGGCCUUCCAGAGGCUCUUUAAUGAGCUGGAUAAGGAUUUUAUGAAAGAGCAUCCACCAAAACCAGAGUACAGUUCUCCUGUCCUACGGCAUAUCCAGAACAUCUACAGUCACUUUUAUAUUACUGUGCUGGGGAAUGUUGUCGCUCUGGCAAAUGUCAUCUGUAUCUGUACUGUCUUGGUUCUGAAUUCAGAGAAAUCUGGGUCAGAGAAAAAUAACUUCUAUAUGGAGAUCCUCAACUGUAUUUUCAUCCUGUACUAUUUAAUAGAGAUGCUGCUGAAAAUAGUGGCUUUUGGUUGGAGAGGUUACCUGUCUUACAGGAAUAACAUCUUUGAUGGAUUCCUCACUGUUCUUCUUCUGGCAAUUCAGAUUGCCAUAUUCAUCACGUACAGGAUUCCCUAUGAGGACGUAGAUCCGGUUCCACGACAUGUGAUGGCUUUGUGGGAGAUGGUGCGACUGGUCAACAUGUUGAUUGUCUUCCGUUUCCUCCGAAUAAUUCCAGAAAUCAAGUUGAUGGCCGUGGUGGCCAGCACUCUUGUGGACCUGGUGAAAAACUUACGGGCAUUUGCUGGCAUUCUAUUGGUAGUGUACUAUAUGUUUGCCGUCCUUGGUAUCUGGCUUUUCCAGGGAGCUAUAAACCCUCCAUCAAACAUGAGUCUAAUCUCCAAUGCCAGCAUUGAGAACAAAACAGAUGGUCCCUUCAGCAUGGAUUGUGGCACUUUUGAACAGCUGGAGUACUGGCCAAACAACUUUGAUGAUUUUGCUUCCUCUCUGGUUCUCCUCUAUAAUAUCAUGGUGGUGAAUAACUGGCAUGUUUUCACAGACGCAUACACCAGAUACACUACAGAGUGGUCCUUGGUGUACUUUGUGGCCUGGUGGUUGACAUCUUCAGUCAUGUGGGUCAACCUGUUUGUGGCCCUCAUUUUGGAGAAUUUCACCUAUAAGUGGGACCGCAGUAAUGCUCUUUCUGUUGAAGAUGUGGAGAGAAUUGCCUAUCAAAGCACUGUACAGCUUAUUUUCAGAGAACAUGUUCAAGAGCCGACAGAAGAAGAGCUACUAGCUCAACUACAACAACAUCCUCAUCUGCACCUCUCCUGGUGACCCUAAGCUCGCCCCCCUCACCUCCACCUCACGGGACGCCUUUAAUGCAUAAUUACACCAAAACACCCAGAAUCCUCCAGGACUCCAUCACGUCUGUGUGAGCCUCAUGUUUACAUAUCCAUCCAUUUUGGAGGGCCUGUUUCCCAUUAUAGGAUCUGUGUAGCUUCAGGUCGGCCUGGGAAAGGAUGUAUGUGUUUUUAACAGAGCGUCACAGAGUUAAUGUUUGGAGGAACUUCAAUUCAUAAAUAGGCUUUAGCUCAAAACACUCCUGCUGCUGGAGUCCCAGAGUCCUUGUUUAAUGCUCAAGACAUCCUGUAAAUUACAGUAGUGUUUAUGAUACAGUAUCAAUACCACAGUUUUUGAUUUACCCUAUGUCUGGAAGAAUUUCAUUCUUUGAGUUUGAAAGUCUUUGUUUUUGUGAAAAAAUCAAAAACACAUUUCCGUUGUGCAUUUGACAAAAUCCAUAUUUUUCUUUAUUUUUUUAAGCCUGUUACAAUCAAACAACAAAACAAUCUAUAGAUUGUUUUAAAAAUCAUGGAAACAAAGGGACAUAACUCAUUACUGUUUAAAUACUUUUAGCUGUGUUUUUAUUGAUUUGUAGAUUCUAUAUUUUUGACUGUGCCAUUAUGUUUGUUCAGUGCUUUUAUUUAUGUUAGAUUUUACUGUAUAUUUACAGAUAUCUUUAUGGGUGAAUCUCUCAAAAACAGUCAAGUAAUGUCCAGAUCAUAUUUCACCCACAAAAAUUAAAAAAAGGAAAGGAAAUUAAUUCUCAUUACUGUAAUCUGAAAUAGAAUUGAAUUAAAUCAGUCAUUGCAUCCUGACAGAAGGAUUGAGAAGUGUUUUGUAUUACUAAGUAACUUUCUGAAUUAUUGUCAUGUCACAAUGCAAGAAAAAAAAAAGAAAAAUCUCAAUGGUACAAACUAGGUUUCUCUUCAUGCAAAAUCAAAAUUUUUUUUUUUUUGGAUUUUGGGUAUAAUAUGAUGCCGACUGUUCGUCAGUAAAUUUCAGUGACCUUAUCAAGUGUUAUUAUUGGGAUAUUUUUCAUGUUUUCAAUAUUAUCAACAGAUGGCGUUUUGCUGCAAUCAAUACAUUUGACUGAAUAUUGGUAUAAAUGGUUGAAUUACACCACUGUAUUGUGUUCUUUCUGUUCUGAGAGCAACUUGAUUAAAUGUCUCUGUUAAAUGUC